UAGGGAAAAUGGCGGCCGCGGGGAAUCUGGUUUCUAAUUCCAUUGGCAUAUUAAAUAAUGGAUUUAACUGGACUGCUACGCAAAUAAAAUCGGCAUGUCCUCACAAAAGAAAAAAAAUGGAAGAAGAUGGCGAUGGAGAAAAAUUUCCAGGAGUAGGUCCAAAAUCAUCAGACGAUCCAUCUGGAGCUCCAGGAACAGGUCCAGACGACCCGGGAUCACCUGGAGCUCCAGGAACAGGUCCAAGAUCUCCCUACGAUUCUCCCGAUAAAGUUUGUCCGUCUAUGAAACCCGAAUGUUUCAUAAGAAUGCAGGAUCCUUUGGCGCCCUGCUGUUGCGACACCAAACCGAAACCUCCCCCUUGUCCUCCCAAACAGGGUCCUCAAGAGCCACGUGAACCAAUAUGCGACUGCGAUCUUUGUCAGAAAAAUCCGUAUCAUGAAAAAUGUUGCGACAAGAGUAAACACCUUCGUGGUAUAACUAUUGAUCGCGGAUAUUUUGAGAAAGCAUAAUUUGUUCUCAACAAGCGGUAUGCAAAAUUAGGAUGUUGAGUAAACGUGCUUCCAUUUUAUUUUCAAGUGGAUGGCUUCAGACAUCACACUAACGAUAAAUAUUUUUCAUGCAGUUACGUUUGAAGGUUGGAUAAAUACCGGCCAU